GUGCUACAGACCAAGGUUUAUAGAUAAUUAUCUAUAAACCUWGUCCAUUUAGCCUGCAGCUGUUUGACUGUCGCUUCUAUUAUGUUCUAGUAUGGUUACACGGUCUCCUUAUCACAAAUCGAUGUGUAACCAGCCUGCUACAGCGGCCUAUGACCACAGAAUGACCGAAUGAGAUGAACUGAUAAGKUUGAACAAGCUUGAUGGCAACUUCAGCUAAUUGCUAAAUGGCAAAUGCUCACUUGACUGUGGUCAGUACCAUGACAAAAUAAAUUUAAUUCUAGUACUCUACUACUCUAGUCCAUUAGUCCAUCUCUGUUUGCGUUUGGUGUGUGGCUUAUUAGUUACCACUUACCAUUGGUGUUUGGGUUCUGACCAGWUACGAUCACUACAUAGUACGUACGCAUAUAAUAUUAUACAUUUACAUAAUAUUAUAUUAAUACGUAUUUUAUUUAUAAACCGUUGAAUAGUUCAUAAAUAAAAUUCUUUGACCCAGAUAGUCGAUAUUGUGUACAUGAAUGUAUUGUAAAAGUAGAGUAUUGCGUUUAACCAGUGAAAUUUUACCGCUGAAAAACAAGAUUAAUUAUAUUAAAAUAAGGACCAUGAGUCAAGGAGAAUCAGCCGACUUCAAGGCAGAUUUGAAAAAACGUUUAUCACCCAUUCAAUACCAUGUCACCCAAGAAAAAGGAACGGAGAGAGCCUUUACUGGCAAGUUUAACAAAACCACAGAAGCUGGUUUGUAUACUUGCGUUGUAUGCAAUGAAACAUUAUUCACUUCGGAAACAAAAUUUGAUUCUGGCUGCGGUUGGCCUGCGUUCAAUGAUGUGAUUGAUCAAAAAAAAGUAAAACUAACAACUGACACUUCAAAUGUUGGAGCAAAUUUGCUGUUAUUGAUAACCAACCCAGGUAUGAUAAGAACUGAAGUGCAGUGUGGAAAAUGUGAUGCACAUCUAGGACAUGUUUUUAAAGACGGCCCUCCACCAACAGGACGRAGAUUUUGUAUUAAUAGUGCUUCAAUGAAUUUUUAUCCAAUAAAUCCAGAAAAAUAAUCUUUGCACAUGAAAUAUUGGGUGUUUUUGUUUGCAGUUACUACAUAUUUAUUAACACAAAAUUGAUAAUAGUCAACAUAAACAUGUUAAUAUUUAUUUGUGGUUUCCAUAAUUUUAUUAAACUAAUACUUUAUUC